UAUUGUCCAGGUGCCAACACCAGGAUGUUGACGCUCGCGCUGGCUAGUACCGUCGUGGCCACACUGGCCUCCGUCAUCACUGCCUCCCACCGGCCUGUCACGCCAGGCGAGCUCUGCUACAGGAAAUGUGUGCCGCUAGACACCAGGAUCUGCUACUUCCACUUCGACGUGCACCCCUACCAGACGCUGUCCAGGGCGUGCUACGACUGUCCCAGGAACACGACUGACUGCGAGCGGCCAGAGUGCGUCCCUGGCGACGGGGUCAAGAGGCGCAUCAUAGCCGUCAACAGACAGAUGCCCGGACCAGCCAUACAGGUGUGUCUGGGCGAUCAGAUAAGAGUGGACGUGAAGAACUCGCUACACGACGAAGGCAUCACCGUCCACUGGCACGGACUGACCAUGAGGUCCUCGGACCCCAGGGACCCGGACACCCCGUACAUGGACGGCGUCCCCAACCUGACGCAGUGUCCCAUCAACCCCGGGGCCACCUUCAGGUACACCUUCUACGCCUCGGACGCUGGCACCUACUGGUACCACUCUCACCAAGGAUUUGAAAGAGGCGACGGACUUUUUGGCGCCAUCAUCAUCAGACAACCCCCGGCUGAGGACCCCAAUAUUGGCACCUACGACUUCGACCUUCCCCAGCACGUCAUAUUGGUGACUGACUGGCUGCACAUUCCUUCACAAGACAAGUUUGUCCUCAGGCAAUAUGGCGGAGGUGAUGAGUCCCCUGACUCUAUGUUGGUGAACGGCCAGGGACCUUAUCAGGAAGCCAACUCCUCCUCCUCCCUCGCUGCCCAAGUGCCCUACGUCAGGUUCAUUGUCAGACCAGGGAACAGGUACCGGCUACGGUUGAUCAGCACGGGCAUCUUGAGCUGCCCAAUCACCUUCUCCGUGGACCAGCACGCCUUCACCAUCAUCAGCACCGACGGCUCCCCCGUCGUGCCUCGCCCGGCUCACUCCCUCGUUAUAUAUUCAGGUGAGCGCUGGGACGUGGUGAUCCAAGCUGACCAAGGCCGCUCUGGAACCUUCUGGAUGAGCUUCAUGGGCUCCAUCGACUGUGCGAACACUCGCGCUCGUCAGUUCGCUCUGCUGGAGUACGAGAGUCAGCGAGCUCAGGUCAAGGGAACGUUUUAUAGCAGCCAGCAGCGUGGUGGGGGCGGGACGCCUGCUGGAGCACUGCCUCCCCCGCCAUCGUUCACUGACGUUCCUCCUCCUGGCGUGCAAGUGAACAGCGUCAACAGUGCCUGCUAUGAUGACCUGGUGUGUGUGGCUGACCUCAGGUCCCACUACUCCCUGCCGGAGGCGCUGAAGACUCCCCACGCCGACAUCACACUAUAUCUGGCCUUCCAGGUCCGCAACAUUAACAAUGAUCAUUUCUACUCCAGGGUAUUUUAUCCUUUUGAAGCCGUUGACACGAGCCAGCAGGUGACGACCCCGCAGAUCAACAACCUCUCGUACGCCCAGCCCGCCGCCCCGCUCCUCCUCACUGGCUUGAGAGGUCAGGAGAGGCGAGUGUGCAACGCUGAGCACCCGCCCCCUGACACCAACUGCGACGCCGACUACUGCGAGUGCCUGCACCUCUACAGCAUCCCGCUGGGGGCCACUGUUGACCUGGUGCUCAUUGACGAAGGAAUAAAUGGUGACGACAACCACCCGGUCCACCUGCACGGUGAUCACUUCUGGGUCCUGGGACAGGACCGUCCCAACGAUGUCCCGGAGGCUGAGAUCACCAGGAGCAAGGUGAUGGAGAUGGACCGGGCCGGCCGCCUGGUGAGGAACCUGGACCGGCCGGUCUACAAGGACACGGUCACACUGCCUGACGGAGGCUACACUGUCGUCAGGUUUCUCGCCAGUAAUCCAGGCUACUGGCUGCUACACUGUCACGUGCUGCUACACUCAGCAGCGGGGAUGGACCUGGUCAUCAGGAUAGGGGCAGACAAGGACCUCCCGGACGUCCCGCCUAACUUCCCAACUUGUGGCAAUUUUAUUGGCGGUAAAAACAAUUAUUGAAGACGAUAAAAUAAGUUUCAAACCUGUUCGACACGGAGCUGGUCGACACGGAGCUGGGCGACACGGAGCUGGUCGACACAGAGCUGGUCGACACGGAGCUGGUCGACACGGAGCUGGUCGACACGGAGCUGGUCGACACAGAGCUGGUCGACACGGAUCUGGUCGACACGGAGCUGGUCGACACGGAGCUGGUCGACACAGAGCUGGGCGACACAGAGCUGGUCGACACGGAGCUGGUCGACACGGAGCUGGUCGACACGGAGCUGGUCGACACGGAGCUGGGCGACACAGAGCUGGUCGACACGGAGCUGGUCGACACGGAGCUGGUCGACACGGAGCUGGUCGACACGGAGCUGGUCGACACGGAGCUGGGCGACACAGAGCUGGUCGACACGGAGCUGGGCGACACGGAGCUGGGCGACACAGAGCUGGUCGACACGGAGCUGGUCGACACGGAGCUGGGCAGACACAGAGCUGGUCGACACAACAGUUCCACAUACUUCGUGAUGUAUAAACUCUUUAACACCUUAACAUGCGUGUGAUACACCAAAAUACAUUUAUAUACACAACGACUCAUACAUUUACCAUACAAUACACGCAUGAUACACAUAUAUAAACCAUCAAACACGUAUAAACACUAUGAUACAUAUGCAUACUCUUUGAUACACACAUAUAUGUACAUAGUUUGUUAACACUUAUUGGAAUAAAACAUGAAUAAUGAAA